UUCUGAUCUGUGAAUUUGUAAAAAACAUUAAAUUAUUUUAUCUUUAAGUAACAUCUGUAUUAUUAUAUAAGUCUAAGAAGAUUGAUAAGAUCUAGACCGUCCGUAGUGUAGUCAGUAGUAGUAGUAGUCUAAGAGUGUUACUAGACAAGAGUUACUGAGAGUUACCCAGUUAGUCUAGAAUCUAAUUCCGAGACUUAGACUAAGUUAAGUGAGUUACUGAUUUAGAAUGUUUCCUGCCUCAUGAUCAAAAGUCCACCCACAGUUCACCCUCUUGUGAAGAGAAUGAUUUAAAAACAUGGAUUUAAAUUUGAAGGGAUAAGAAUCUAAUAGUUAGCAAGGAUUGAGUUGAGUGGGCUCGGUAUAUUAAACUACCACCACGGAUUCAAAAACAAAGCGAGUUGAUCAGAAAAAGAUGACAAUGUCCAGGAGCAGCAUGCGACCUCCUCCAGUUUGUGCCGAUUGUACUGCUGCAGAUCCAACAUGGGCAUCAAUCAAUCGAGGCGUCCUUAUCUGUGAUGAAUGCUGUAGUGUUCACCGCAGUCUUGGCCGUCAUAUUUCACAAGUGAAAAAUCUUAAAAAAGGACUCUGGUCUGCAAGUCAGCAUACAAUGGUUUACAAUUUAGCCAGCAAUGGUGCCAAUAAUAUCUGGGAGCAUACCAUGCUUGACCCUGCUCAAAAUAAACACGGUCGCCGAAAACCUGGGCCCAGAGACCCACUGCACCCGAACAAAUCAGACUUUAUCAGAGCCAAGUAUCAAUUUCUGUCAUUUGUGAACAAACAUAAAGACAGUGAUGCCAGCUCUUUAGAUGAUGUUAGCAGGGAACUGCACUCAAGUGUUCGAACAAAUAAUGUGGAGACGUGCCUACGUCUGCUGUCCAAAGGGGCUGACCCAAACUAUUUUUACAGGGAAAAGGGCAAUAGUCCUAUUCAUGUAGCUGCUCAGGCUGGUCAGACAUCACAAGUUGAACUUCUGUGUGUAUAUGGAGCUGAUCCAGGAGCUAAAGAUGCCAAUGGACGCACUCCAUAUGACUAUGCUAAAGUUGAAGGUUUUUGUGAUCUGGCGGACAGAAUAGUUGAACUUCAGUAUGAACUGACUGACAGGCUGACAUACUACAUCUGUGGUCGCAAACCAGAUCACAGAACUGGAAUACAUUUUAAAAUUCCUGAACUUGGAGACAAUAAUGCUGACCUAUCAGAACUUGCCAAACAAGCCAGGAAAAAAUUGCAAGCUCUUCCAAACCAUUUAUUUGAAGAGUUGGCAAUGGAUGUCUAUGAUGAAGUAGAUAGGCGAGAGAAUGAUGCAAUUUGGCUGUCAACUCAUGAUCACACCUCAGUAUUGAGUGAAAGGCUUACAGUCCCACAUCUCCCAGUAAAUCCAGAGCUCUCUACCACAAGAAACCAGGGUCGCCAGAAACUGGCAAGAUUUAAUUGUAGAGAGUUCACUACCUUGGUUGUGGAUAUCUUGCAUGAUGCAAGGCGGAGACAGACGGGAAUAACUGCCCCAUCAAGUGCACUGAAAGACCCAGACAAGAUGGGUUUGAAUUCCCAGAGAAUCAGUGCUAUUAGUGAUGACGAGCCUCUAUACGACAGUGUGGCGUCAGAUGAAGAUUACAGCAGCAUCGACACCCAAAGUAUUAAGAGUGUUCGUCAGGAGAUGAGACCUGAUAUUACUGCAGAAAGACAUUCAAAAAAACACUCUUUACCAUGUCUCAAGACGUCCAAAUUGCACUCGUCGUACCUCCGAAGAAAAAGUAUGUCUGAGCAGCAAACGGAUGCUCCAGUGUCAUCAGAGGAGCUCUAUGAAGUGCGCAAGCAGCUGGCUGCUUCUGCAUUAACUAUCAAACAACUGGAGCAAGCCAAGAAAGAUCUGGAAAGAAAGGUGGACACAUUGUUAAGAGAAAAUGCCAAUCUACGUCUCAGUCAUGAUUUUUCUAAUGUGGUUGUCAACGGGCUGGAUGAUCAGUUGGACAGCAAUCAUCGAAACAACAACAAUGGCGAUGCCUUCGACUAUGAACUCCCUUCGGUGAGGUCAAGUGGUCCUCGACCUACAUCCAUGAUUGAAAUGAGCAGACAUGUGAACUCUGGCACAACAACUCCUAUCAUGUCGUCCACUUCUGUCACUAACAUUGCCAUGAGUGGCUCUGCCGCUGGCAAGAGUAAAGGUCUCUCUGUGGCUGGCAGUUUCUCAGUGGAUGACCCAGUUAGUCAGCCUGGGGGUGAAGGACAUUAUGAUGUGCCACCUAAAUCUCAUUACUCAACUGAUAGUGACGUUCAAGUUCAGGAAGUUCUUUCUUCCAUCAGAGAAUCAUCAGAAAGUGAAGGCCAAGGUUCCAACUCGUCCUUGAUAGCCGUGGGUGAAGAUCCCAACAUGCCUACACAGCAAGAGGUGGUUAAGAAAACAGAGAAAGUAACCAAAAAAAUUCAAGAACUGUUACAAUCUGCCCAGGAAGGUCAACACAGGAGUUUUGAGUCCUGCUCGGAGCGGAUAUACUCAGCUGUCACAGAGAUGGCCUCUCUUUUUCCUGAUGAGAUUGGUUCCGAAAGAUUACAAGACGCAAGAGUAGUUUUAGUGCUGAGUGCCAGGAGGCUACGGGACGAGUGCAAAUCAUGGCCCCCUUCACCUGAGCAGGACCCCAACCCAGACUUCCGCCUCAAGACUCAGCAAGUGAUACAGUACGCAUAUGACAUCGCCAAGGCAGCCAAGAAACUUGUCACCCUCUUCCAGUAGUAGACUCUUAGACCCUGGUGUUUGAUUCAGGUUUCAAUAUUUUUUUUUCCUUACUUAGCUAUUGCUCUGGGGGUUCAUGUAUGGACGGGAUAGAAGCUAUAACAAGAAACUACAUUUGUAUGUGUUUUACAUUCAGUACUAGGGUUUUGUACUGUUUUUAUUGUAUUUUAUUUGGCAAUACUUAAAUAUUAGAUUUCUUUUUUUUUUUUUCCUGAAUAAUUUUAUGGAAAACAAUUUGUGCCUUUAAAAAAAAAAAAGAUAACACAAUUCCUGGUGUAUGUAUAGCAGGGGGUGAGUUGGUUCCCAUAUCGAUGGCGGAGGUUUUGUUUCAUAAUGAAAAAAUGAAAGAAUCCCUUGUUUGACUCUACAGCCGCUUGUACUCAAUGUAGGAAACAUGAUAUUUUGUUCAGGGCAGGGUUGUAUCAGUCUUGCAAACCAAAGCAGUGUACAGUUGGUCAUUGGUGGACACUAGUGAUAGUAACAUAACAUGUCAUGAUACUAAGCACCACUAGAGCUUAUGUUUACAUUGAGAACCUCAGAAUGAUGUUGAAUUAAUCGCAGGAAACUUAUCAGAAUUUUUUUUUCCACCUUUGUAGCUAAUCAACUUGUCUGAAUUUACAAAUGUAAUUUAUUUGGGUGGGGUUUUAGGGUUUGGAGUUUUGAGACAUUGAUUUCAACAUUUUUUUCUCCUGGUCUUAGUUCAUCUAAAACAUAUCAGUUCUGUUAUGCUCUGUCAUUAGAUGGUUUCAAUCUUAGAGCAGAGCUAUAGAGUGAACAUAGUGACACAGGCGGGCCCUCUCCCAGAAAUAUUUGGCCCCAAACUGCUGGGUACAUGUGGGCCUUUUUGCCUUUUCCCCCCACAUGUCAAAUGCUAAUACAUAUGUAAGUUGCAUAAAAAAAGGGCCCCCGAACUACUAGAGUCCUAUUUGUACACCUUCUCCCCCCUGGCGGUGAGCCUCGCUCAAGAUUGUGUUUUCAAAACGCACUCUCAUUCAAAGUAGCUCUCUGCAACCACGGCCCUACAGUUCAAACCUUUGGUUGUUGUUUUUUUUUGUUGCUGCUGCAAGCAAACAAGAACUGUGGCUGUUGUAAUGUGUCACAUUGUCCUUGACCUGAAACCUAUUGAAAGUGCAAGUUGAUCCCAAAAAUAAACAUGUACAUCCUCUGCCAAUCAAUGUUUGACAUAUUGAUUCUAUUUUAAGUUCUGAAUAAUUGCAUGUUUGUAAAUAAUCAUAGUUGUUGACCUAUAUAACUUUGUUCAGUUCACUUCUGCAGGUUCCUUUCUUUUUUUAAAUUACAAUGUACACUUUUUUUUUUUUUUGUGGCUUCUUGACCUUUUAUUGAGUAAAAAUCUGGCUAUGCCUUACAACAUCUCCAAAGCACAAUGUUCAAAGCCAUCUGUACUUGUUCACACACAUUCUUGGUCCUCUGCUGUUGUUCUUGAAGCAGUUGCUUGCUCUUCAGUUUUGAAUGACAGUUGCCUCUCAACAAGGAUCAAGACAAGUGGAGAAAAUGUAUCCAUGGGUUCUCUGUUUUGUAAUAUAUGUAUGACAAAUGUAAAUUUGUACAAGAAUUUGGAUAUCCAUUUUUAGAAACAUUCUGUUUAACUAUAUGAAAGCGGAAAAAAAAAAAUAGGCCCCUGUUCUAAUUAUUUAUGCUAUUUAUUUCUUGUAAUCUAAUGUAAUAGUCAUUCAGUUACAUGUAGUUUUCAUUGUAUUCCAAUAUAGCAAGUGUUAAAUUUGUGCAAAUAUUUGUUACUGGGCAGAAGUUCAUUAUAUUUUUUUUUAAAUUUUAUUUCAAUGAAUGUAAACAUAGUUAAAGAACAUCCUGAAGUGGGAAAAAACAAAUUUGUGAAACUCUUUAAAAGUUGAUUAAAGAAAUUUGAAAAUAUUUUGCAGAUUGGCUGUUCCCCUUUGUAUCCCAACUAGAGUACAUUUACUUAUGAAUAGCCAAUAUUUUUGUUUUACAGUCGUCUCUUGUUAACAUGAUAAAAUCUAAUCUAAAUUGUUAUCUCGAGUCACACACCGGUACUUGGAUAGUGAUUAAACAAAUCUGUAACCAAAACUUAAGAGAGUCAUAUUUGUAAUCAUUAUUAGAGCCCUUUAGAUCUGAACUUAAACUUCCUGAGUAUCAGAAAACUUUAUGGCACAGUAGAUUUUGUUUCAAAAAAAUUAGACUUUAGAUGUUAUGAACAUCAUUUUUUUGUUGUUUAACCCAAUAGCUCCUAUUUCCAGUUCAAAAAACCCCUUUCAAAGUCCUAAGCAAGGAGGGAUAACUCCGUAUUUAAAAAAUCCUAAAAAAUAUGUAUUUUGCAAAAAAUAAUCAAAUUGAAGAUCAAAUACAAAUAAACAAACAGAUAACUUAAAAAAAUAGAACUAUAUGUCUAGUUUUAAAAUAUAUAUACGUUUAAUACCACUAGAUUAUAAAAAACUUCAAAAAUACUCAUUUUCCCACGUGGGGGCUUAUACACUGGGGCUAUGGGCCUGUUCGUUUGAAAAAUUAUUUAAAAAAUAAAAACCUUCCCGAUUUUUAUUAAAAAUAGAAUCCGUAAUCUCCAAAAUUAUUUGUAAUCACGCUUGCAACGAGACUAGAAGAAAUCUUCUAUUUAAAAUGUUUAAAUAAAGUAUAUUGAAUAGGGGAUUUCAGAAACAUUCUACAACGGUUUAGGACAAAAACGGGAAAACGUUUCCAACUGCAGAAGGAGCUAAUGGGUUAAAGGUCAGAUGUCAACGGACGACUGUCUUUAUACUUGUUGAUAUGUUUGAAUGACUGCAUGCACCCUCAUUAAUGUGUCAUCUAUAUAUGUAUCUAUAUCAUCUUUAUUGUUAUUUUUAUGAUAAUGGAAAUGUCAUAUGCUAUUACCUAUUGUUUACAAUGAUGUUGGACCUAAUUAAGGGGAGGCUAUCAUUUCAUUAAUUUGUAAUAUAUUCCGUAACCUUACUGGAUAAAACUUGGGAAACCCUUUUUAUCUUGGUUUGAUGUAAUGUUAGGUUUGAUUUAAUGGCUAGACUUCUACAUUCAGGUCUGGAUAAUGUUUCUUAUUAGUUGUGGAAGUAAAACUAAAGCAAGAUCAAUAUCAAGAUCAAUAUAGUUUGUAUUUAAGUUUGUAUUUUAUUUCGUUAAAUGAACUAUGGCCUAGCAUGGUUCUAAAUGUAUUAAUGAUGUCAGAGCUACUGUUUUGAUUCUAGAUACAAUUGGUCUUAUGUAAGGAUUCUAUCUUUUCUAGGAUCUCCACCUCAGAGUUGUGAAGUCUUGUCUAUGACCUUCACCUCAGAGCUGUGGUGCAUUAAGAUCUCUACCUCUGGCUGUUAAGUCUAGGAUAUCUGUCACAGGGCUGUGGGGUCAGAACCAAGAUUAUAAAAGUAAAAAAAGUGUAUCCCCAAUAGCAUCAAUGAGAGCCCAAAUAAAAGCGAAGUUUAUAUCUUAGUUGAGAGACUUUCUGUUUGCUCCCUUUGUAGAGUAAAUCCCAUCAACUCUUUGAACUCAUCUAACUCUACUCCAUUGUUCCUCUCCAAUGCCUUCUCUUGACCAAGACUGCUCUAGUGUAAGAUAGCCACCACCCCAUUACUUUUUAUUGAUUCAGAUUCUGAUGAGCAUCUAUUGUAUUGUAUAGAUUUGUUUUUAUUUUGAUGUUAUCUCUGUGUUUCUAUUGCAUGCUUGUUUUGCAUGGAUGUUUUUGAGUUGACUUAAUGUUAGUUCAUAUUAUAUGAUCUUUUUAAAACACUUUUGCAUACACCCCCCACUCUGACACAUGCAAAAUGAACUGUCUAGUCUCAAUAAAUGAAGUAAAUAAAUAACAAAAUGUGUGAAUCUCUUUUUUAUUCAUAUUAUCAUAGCUAUUUCUCUAAAAACAUGCUGCCUAAUUUGAUUUCAGUCUUGAUAUGUAUCUAAAAACAUGCUGCUAAAUUGAUUUCAGGAUCAAGUGGUUGAUAAUCAUUAGGAACAAUAAAUUUGUUUUCAAAUAGUUUCUAAAAGACUGCACAGAAUGGAUUCAACAUAGUUUAGAAAAUAGACAUUCCUAAUCAAAUGGUCUUUAAAUGUUUUUGUCUAAAUAAACCAUAAAAUUGGUCACUAUGCCUUUUAUUUCAUCAUAGCAUCUAUUCAGGUUUGACAUAAAUCAAACACUGCCCUGCUCAUCCAAAGUAAGAAUU